AUGGGUUUCUUUGAUUCAUACUAUUCCUAUUUCCUUUGGUACACCUCCUUGCGUGUGCAGCUGAUGGCAGCAGUGGUGGUGACAUUCGUUAGUGUCACGGGCAUCAUGACCACCCACUCACUGCCGAACCACUUGCUUUCAAUCCACUCUCCUCUCAACCACUCACUACCAAUCAGCACCGCGCACCAAGCCUUUCCAUCGGCCCUUGCUGCUCCUCACUUGCCCUCGCCCACACCUCACCUGCUCUUACCUGACAGCAACAGCACGUUCUCCUCGUUCCCUCUCCUUUCCGACCCAGCGUCUGCCCACACCCUCACUCUCCCCGUCAACUCCUCCCUCCUCCUGCCACCCCUCCAAUCCUUCUCCCUCCCCGCCCUCCCCUCCAUCUCCCAUCACCUCUCCUCCUCACAAACUGAUGGAGCAUCGGCCCUCUGGUUCUCGCUACCUGCUUGGUUCACUGCAUGCCCAGGCGUGUGGUCAGGUGCAUUUUCAGGUGCACUAUCAAGUACAGCUGCACAUGACCUGCUGAAGGCACUCAGCAACCCGUCACCAGUCAUAAGCAGGCUCGUCUCUUGGCUGCACUCGCUGCUCUCACUCUCACUCUCCGCCCCUCGCCUCCUCUUUGAAGCUGCCACGGCCACCACAGCAGCAGUCUCGCCUGGGCUGGUAAGCGUGCCAACCACAUUGCUGCCAUGCUUCUCCCCAUUCAGAUUCGAAACCUCUCAGUUCAUUUGUGAACGUGCAACGGUGUUCUUCUCGUCCCUUGUCUCUCUCUUCCUCCCUGUCUCAGCUGUGUCUGGCACUGCCAAACGCGCUCCCAACUCUGAUGCUCUCCUCCCUUUUUCAUUCCCCCCUUUCGCCUCCCCCCCAUGCCCCAGCUGGCUGGGUCUAGCACUGGCAUACGCGCUGCCCAUAGUGUCGCUACUCAACGGCACGCUCACCUCCCUUGCCGACACGGAGAAGGACAUGGUGGCUGUGGAGAGAGUGCUGGAGUACCUGGAUUUGCAGCACGAGCCACACGCCCCUCCCAUGAGCCCCCUCCCUGCCCCACAGGGGCGGGAUGGGGAGGGUGCAUGGAAGGACGCACAUGCAGGAGGAGGCGCAGGUGGGGCAUUAGCAGGAGGAGGGGAGGGAGGGGCGGGUGGAGUUCAGGCGUGUGAGCAUGGCGUACCGGGUGGGGCUGCCUCUUGUGCUCUCAGACGUCUCCUUUCUCAUUCCUGGUGGCUCUCAGGUGAGCUGCCGUCAGGUCAAGCACCCCUGGUCAAAGUGCACCCCUGGUCCAACUGCGCGCCUGGUCCAACUGUUGUUGGGAUCCUGAAAGUGCUUAAAAGUGCAUGA